AUGCAAGACAUCACCGAUGAUGAACCGGAUGAAUGGCAAGAAGAUCGUCAGCGGGUCGGAACUUCGUCGUUCCCGGGCCAAUAUCAACCGGAUGAGGACGGCGACGAGGACGACGAAGAGGAUGGGGUAGCACAGUUUGAAGAGGAUGAGGGCGAGGUGUUUGAGAGUGAGGACGAAGAGGUGCGUUGUGUUUGAGGUGAUGUGCAGGGCAUUUGCUGGUGAAUCGACUGACCCCGCCGUGUCCUCACCGCUCCUUUAGACCAACUUGGGCAAGCGUGAGUUGUACAACACAUCCUGCACCAGCUCGAUCUUUAUUUUGAGACAAGCUGUAUUGGCUCUUUAUCACAGAACUGGCCUCCAUCCCUUUCGGCACGCUCGUCAAAGCCCAACGCAAGCUCAACAAGCAGCAAGCCCAAGCUCGGUUCAGGCGGAAACCGUCGGGGAAUGACGACGACGAAUCGGACUUGGAAGGGAAUUCAGAAGAAGAUGGUACAGAACAAGGAGGUCGGCCCAAGGUUUCUUUGCUGAAGGAUAGGAAGGGCAAAGGCAAGGCCAAAGUGAAUGCUAAUCAACGCUCGAGCAAGCAUGCGUACGUCCGCCCUUGGGAAUCGAGUUGGGCUGGACUUAACACAGAUACGCUGACGAGUUAUAUUCCCGAUGUUUAUAAAGGCCCAUGGAGUUAAGCUCGAAGAAGCCUGUCACACGCAAUCGCCAAGUCAUCGAGGUACAAGCCAACGUGCGUGAAAGCCCUCCCACGUUCACAACUCCCCACAUUCGGGCAGCUGAUCCUACUCUCUUCGUCUAUAACUCCACAGAAAGCUCGUGACCCCCGCUUCGACUCCCUUUCAGGAAACAUCAAGUCCGACCUCUUCUCUCGAUCCUACGGAUUCCUAGCCGAUCAACAAACCGCCGAACUCGAAGCCUUACGUAAGACCGUCGCCUUGGCGCGCAAGAAGGGAGGUUCUGAAGAAGAGAAGGAGAGGAUGGAGGAUGCUUUGCAGAGGAUGGAAAGUAGGGAGAUUAGUAGGAAGAACAAGGCGAGGGACCAAGAGGCGCUUAGGGCUUGGAAAAAGGAGGAGUUGGAGAAGAGGCAGCAGGGCAAACAAGCGUUCCAUCUCAAGAGUGGUACGUUGGUACUGAGCGGAAUAGGUAUCGCGUCAGGACGAUGGCGACUGAUCAUCAUAAUUUGUUUUCCUCCGCUGUCCAGCCGAACGCAAGGCAUUGCUGCUCAAGGCCAAGUUUGACGUAUUGGCACAGGACAAGAAGCAGCUGCGCAAGACGAUCGAAAAGAAGCGCAAAAAGACGGCCCAAAAGGACAAAAAGCUGUUGCCGCAGAGACGUUAG